AUGGCUAUGAUUAAGCUCAUCCUCUCGGUGCUGGUGUUAGGAGCCAUCAGCCUCUUCCCGGGAACGGCUGAGGCGUCCGUGAUGGGGCCGACCAUGCAGAAACUGACAUGGCAUUACUACAAAGUUUAUAACACUUGCGAGAAUGCUGAGAACUUUGUGAGGCAUCAAGUUGAGAAGCUUUACAGGAAUGAUACAACCAUUGCUCCUAAGCUCCUUCGUCUCCUCUACUCAGAUUGCUUUGUCACCGGAUGCGAUGCAUCGGUUCUUCUAGAAGGUCCAAACUCAGAGAGAAAGGCACCGCAAAACACAGGACUUGGAGCGUUCGUGAUCAUAGACAAAAUCAAGAAAGUGUUGGAACAAAGAUGUCCUGGUGUUGUCUCUUGCGCUGACAUUCUUAACCUCGCAACUCGAGAUGCUGUUCAUAUGGCAGGUGCACCAUCUUAUCCUGUGUUCACAGGCAGGAGAGAUGGCUUGACGUCUGAUAAGCAAACCGUGGACCUACCAUCACCGUCCAUCUCAUGGGAUGCAUCCAUGGCUUACUUCAAAUCCAGAGGCUUGAAUGUUCUUGACAUGGCUACACUUUUAGGAUCACAUUCAAUGGGGAGAACACACUGCAGCCACAUCGUCGACCGUCUCUACAACUUCAACAAGACAGGUAAACCAAGUCCCACUAUGAACAAGUCUUUCCUCUCCGAGAUGGCAAAUAAAUGUCCACCAAGAACGAAGAAAGGCCAGACCGAUCCGCUAGUGUACCUAAACCCGGACUCAGGCUCAAACCACAGCUUCACAAGCUCGUUCUACUCCAGGGUUCUAUCAAACAAAUCUGUUCUCGAAGUAGAUCAACAACUGCUUUACAACGAUGACACCAAGCAAAUCUCUGAGGAGUUCUCAGAGAGUUUUGAGGAUUUUAGGAAAUCAUUUGCUCUUUCAAUGAGCAAGAUGGGGUCUAUAAAUGUGUUAACUAAGAAUGAAGGCGAGAUACGAAGAGAUUGCAGGCGUAGAAACUAA